AUGGCUUCCUCUGCGGCCGAUUCAUCUCCUUUCAAGAAGGUCCAAAUUCAAAGGGAUGACACCACAUUUGAUGCCUAUGUAAUUGGGAAAGACGACGCUCCUGGUAUUGUAGUGGUGCAAGAGUGGUGGGGUGUAGAUUUCGAGAUUAAAAACAAUGCUCAGAAGAUUUCUCAGUUUGAUGGAGGCUAUAAGGCACUUAUACCCGACUUGUACCGUGGGAAGGUUGGUCUUGAAGUUGCUGAAGCACAACACUUGAUGGAUGGCCUUGACUGGCAAGGAGCUGUGAAGGAUAUUGAAGCUUCAGUUAACUGGCUCAAGGCAAAUGGUUCCAAAAAGGUUGGUGUAACUGGAUACUGCAUGGGUGGGGCUCUUUCCAUUGCUAGUUCAGUUUUGGCCCCUGGAGUCGAUGCUGUUGUAGCCUUCUAUGGAGUUCCUUCACCAGGUCUUGCCGACCCUGCUCAAGCCAAGGCACCUGUGCAGGCUCAUUUUGGUGAGCUUGACGGUUUUGUUGGAUUCUCAGAUCCAGAGACUGCAAAAGCAUUAGAACAAAAGCUGAAGGCAGCAGGAGUCCCACAUGAAGUAUACAUCUACCCUGGACUUUCACAUGCCUUCAUGAAUAGCUCUCCGGAAGGGGAGGAAAGGAGAAAGAAGAUGGGACUGAAUGACAAAGACGAUGCUGGUGUGGAGUUAGCUUGGUCUCGUUUCCGAUCAUGGAUGAAGAAGUACUUAACUUCCUGA